UGUCUAUAUAUUCCCUCAAUUCCCUUCCUACAUUUGCAAUCCAAUUUGAAAAAACAACAUGAAGAGCUUUGUUGGUUGUGUAGAGGCUAUGGAGGUCCACAAGCCCUAUGUUGCAAUGUUGUUUGUUCAGUGUGUUUACUCAGGCAUGGCUUUGUUCUCUAAAGCAGCCAUUUCUGCAGGAAUGAACCCGCCUGUCUUCGUCUUCUACCGUCAAGCUUUCGCCACCCUUGCCAUGGCUCCUCUCGCCUUCUCUCUCGAAAGAAAGAAGGCAGUUCCUCUAUCCUUCAAGUUUCUGUCCAAAGUCUUCUUGGUUUCUCUAACUGGGAUCACUUUGAGUUUAAAUCUCUAUUACAUAGCAAUCAACCACACAUCAGCAACAUUUGCAGCUGCCACAACCAACACCAUCCCUGCCAUUACUCUCCUUCUGGCUCUGCUCUUCAGGUAUGAAAAUAUUCCCAUAAGAAAGAUGCAAGGGAUUGCCAAGUUAAUGGGGGCAGUGAUAGGCUUAUCAGGGGCUUUAGUGUUUGCUUUUGUGAAGGGGCCCCCCAUGAAGUUCAUGAAUUGGUACCCAAAAACAAAUAACAAUGACCAAAUUACCCCCUCUGCCUCAUACUCCACUUUGGAAUGGAUUAAAGGUUCACUCAUGAUGAUUUCAGCCAAUAUUGCCUGGUCUUUGUGGCUUGUUUUUCAGGGGUCUAUUGUGAAGGAAUAUCCAGCAAAGUUGAGAGUGACAACUUUGCAGUGCUUCUUCAGCUUGAUACAGUCAGCUCUGUGGGCUGUGGCAAUGGAGAGAAACCCACAAGCUUGGAAACUUGGAUGGAACCUUCAACUCAUCUCUGUUGCCUACUGUGGUGUGAUUGUGACUGGAAUGACCUAUUGGCUGCAAAUAUGGACAGUGGAGAAGAAAGGGCCAGUUUUCAUAGCCAUGUUUACACCAUUAGCACUCAUAAUCACAGCAAUUUUAUCAGCAUUUCUGUGGAAGGAAACCCUCCAUUGGGGAAGUCUUGGUGGGGCAAUUUUGCUGGUGUUGGGACUUUAUUGUGUUCUGUGGGGGAAGAAGAGAGAAGAAGAAGAAGAUGGCAAAACCGACCCAAAUGAUACCAAAGAGGAAACUAUUUUCGAGUGCAUUACGACACAUCGCUGAAUUCAAUUUCUGUAUCACCCUCCACUUCCCUUAAUUAUUACCAACAAAAUUAUUCUGUUUCUUUUCGAGCUAGGUUCGAAUCUCUACCCUACAUAUUUAACUAAAAAAAAUUGUGGCGGUUGCUUUGUGCAUAGUCUAUAAUGAUUAUAUGAAGUUUUAACGUUGGGAUAUUGUUUGGAUAGUGUAAACUUUGGACUCAAAUGAACUUUUUGGUUGGAGAGUGCAAUUUGGGCCAUAAGAGACACUAUGGACAUUGACCCAACGAGCUAAAUGCCUCAAAAGUUGAAACCCAUUUGUGCUUAUUUGGGUUUGGAAUUA